AUGGGGUUGGGCCUACGGGGGCCGACUCACUGCUUCAGAACGUACAAAUGCUUCAAGGAGGAGCUCAAACUCACGUUUGAUCCCCCACAGAAUGAGUUCCGGUCGAGAGCGGAGUUUCUCGACCUGCAACAGGGUAAGCAUGAUGUACAUGCUUACGCUCAAUGGGCUGGGUACUUGGUCUCGAACGUCGUGACCGACUCGAUGGACGAGGCAACCAAGGUCUCCACGUUCAUGAAGGGGUUGAGAGAUGGGCCUGUGAAGACCUAUCUGUUCCGAGAGUACCCGAGUACUCUCGAAGCUGCAAUUACCCUCGCAAUGCAAGAGGAGCAGAAGAACAAGGGAAGCAACGUGCCAUGCUUCCGGUGCGGAAAAUGGGUCACUACGCACGUGAGUACAGAAGCGCCAACAGUGGUCGUCGAGACGUUGAACGUCUUGACGGGGGCCUGUACUGGGUACCAGUACGAGAAGAUGGAGUCGGAGAACCGCAUUCUUUCGGACCGCGAAAGAAUAACAAGCGAAGCAGAAGAGUUUAUUCAACUCUUCGCUGUAAGCGCCACUGAGAGUGGAGAUACGCUCAGUGCUAAGACGAUGAAGGAACGCUUCGAGCACAGAGACAUGCUCUUGGACGAGAUCCCUGUGGAGCUUCCGCAGGACAAUGGAAUACAGCAGGAGAUUGAUCUCGUGCCGGGGACGAAGUAUUGCGCGACGCCGCAGUGGUCACUGCCACGGGAGCAAGUGAAGGCGAUCGACGACAUCUUUGAAAGUCGUCGCAAGGCAGGACAAGUGCGGGAAUCAAAGUCCCCGCCCAGCGCACCUACGUUCUGUACGUCGAUACCUCGAAAAGAUAUGAUCGUCGAUUCGAUGUCCAAGAGCACCAUCUACAGUGCUCUUGAUCUGAGAGACGGGUUCUAUAAGAUCCUUGUGCGUGAGAGCGAUAUUCUUCUCACGGCGGUUAGCACUCCAAGCGGUAUGCUUUGGGAGUUGCUGGUUAUGCCGCAAGGCCUUAAGAACGCCCCUGCGACCUUCAAUAGGUGCAAGAUUCGCCCCCUGUCGCAGCUUCUGAAGAAGGAAGCUGCGUGGGUAUCGACUGCUGAGAGUCAGCAGGCGUUCGAUGCAGUCAAGCCGGGCUUUACUGACGCGCCGAGCUUGGCUGUGACUGACCAAGAUCGUCCAUUUCACGUAGUAUGUGACGCAUCCGAUUUUGCGAUCGGAUGUUCGUUAAUGCAACUCGACCGCGAGGGCCGUGAUCAAAUCGUCUACUACCAGUUGCGUCAGCUGAAGCCGGCUGACCAAAACUAUCUGAUACAUGACAAGGAACUCCUUGCCAUGCAGUAUGCACUCGCAAAGUUCCGAGUGUACUUGCUCGGCAACACGCUGUUCAUGGUCUGUACGGACCACGCGACGUUGCGGACGGCGGUGAAGUCUCCGCCCAUUUUGCAACGAAUAGCGAGAUGGUUGUCCUUCUUCGCGGAGAACAACUUCCGGGUCGAGUACAAACCCGGAAGGUUGAACGUCGUCACAGACACAUUGUCGCGACGACCGGAUGAUGCUGUCAAGACAGCCGACUCCUUGUUGGACGAGGUGAAGGCCGCGUAUGCGAAUGACGCAGACGCGAAGCAGCUGAUCGAGUUCCUCUCAGCUCCUUCCGACAAAGCACACGACAAUGUGGAACGCAUUGUCGUGCCGAAUCAUCUUGACCUGCGCUGCAGGAUCAUGUACGAGUAUCAUGCUGUCCUCAUUCGCAAGAUGGUGCAUCUUGUUGCUGUCACAGCGGAUGUGAUCUCCGUACAUACGGCACGUCUGUUCGUUGAUAUGGUGUUUAAGCACCAUAACAUGUCUAACGACUUUGUGUCGGACCGCGAUCCGCGCUUCACCGCGCGUUUCUGGCAAGAAGUGUUCACACUUCUUGGAACGAAGUUUUCAAUGCCGAUUGCAGCUCAUCCGCAGGCGGACGGGCAAACCGAGCGCGUGAACCACGUGCUCGAAGUUUGCUGA